AUGUCGUGCCACCCUUUGGAUCCAGCCAGCCCGGACGAAAUCCGGCAGGCGACUGAUUUAGUGAAAGCCAAAUACAAUGGGAUCUCACUCCACUUCAAAGCAGCUGGACUGGAAGAGCCACCUAAAGCUGCACUUGUUGACUUCCUGGACGCAGAGCACCAUGGUCGGCCCCUUCCCUUCAUCCCCCGUCAGAUCUUCCUCAUUUGGUACAUUGAGUACACCCCUCGUCUGUUCGAAGGCAUCGUGGACCUCUCCAGACAGAGUCUUGUCCAUCAUAAAGAGCUUCCACGCGACUUUCAUGGACCGGUCGACCGGGCGGAGAUGAACGAAGCGGCGCAGGUUGUCAUGAAGGAUCCUUGUGUCCAGACGGAGAUUAAGAGACUCCAAAUUGAUGACACCACCGUCGUCCUCGAUCCUUGGGAUUACGGCGUAGAUGGUGAAGAUACACAGACUCGUCGCACCCAGGUCUUCAUGUACAUGCGAAAUCCCAAGAAUAAUGACCCCGAUUCCAGUCAUUAUAGCUUCCCUCUGGAUUUCAUGGUCAUUGUAGAUCUCUGCAAGAUGGAAGUGAUAAAAAUUAUUCGUCUGCCUUUGGGAUCGGACCAAACCGCCACUGCUAUUGGUUCGGCUGUGCCUCAUCGUCGGACCAACCCCGUCGAGCCAGAAUAUGAUCAUCGCUUGCAGAAAAACCCUCCUCGGACUACCCUAAAGCCCUACCAAGUAAUUCAGCCAGAAGGGGCGUCCUUUACAGUCAAUGGGUACUUGAUCGAAUGGGAGAAAUGGCGCUUCCGCGUUGGGUUCAAUUGGCGUGAAGGAAUGACCCUUCAUGAUGUGUCUUUCGAUGGAAAGAGCGCCUUCUAUCGCCUCUCACUUUCGGAAAUGUUUGUGCCAUACGGCGAUCCCCGUAACCCGAUUUAUCGAAAGGGUGCAUUUGACCUGGGAAACGUCGGUGCAGGUGUGACUGCAAACAACCUUCAAUUGGGCUGUGACUGCCUCGGCCUCAUCAAAUACCUUGACGGAUGUGUUGUCGCCAAAGAUGGAAGCCCUGCGCCUAGGCCGAAUGCUAUUUGCAUCCAUGAGAUUGAUAACGGAAUCCAGUGGAAGCAUACCAACCACCGAACUGGAAAGGCAACGGUAGUGAGAAAACGGCAGCUUGUCUUGCAAACGAUCAUCACCGUGGCCAACUAUGAAUAUAUUUUCAUGUGGUACUUCGAUCAGUCGGGAGAACUCACCUUCGAAACCCGUGCUACGGGUAUUCUCUCUACCCAGCCAAUCGACAAAGAUGCCAAGGUAGCCUGGGGCACCCGUGUUGCGGAUGGAGUGAUGGCCCCGUAUCAUCAGCAUCUCUUCAAUCUGCGUAUCGAUCCAGCCGUGGGCGGUCUCAAGAAUAGUUUUGCGUCUACCGACACUGUUCCCCUUCCCUGGGACGAGGAUCUGAACCCCCUUGGUACCGGAUUCAUAACCCAACAGCAGAUACUUGAUCGGGCAGGAACUGUGGAGGACGACAUCUCGAAGGGAAGAGUCUUCAAAAUUUUGAACGAGAAUGUCCAAAACCCCGUGUCGUUGACUCCAAUUGGGUACAAACUCGUGCCUCAUCGCUCUCAAAUGCUGCUUGCUCGCCCUGGCUCCUGGCAUUCGCGCCGGUCGGAAUUCUGUGAGAGCCCGAUCUGGGUCACGAAGUACAAGGACCGUCAGCUGUUCCCAGCGGGUGACUACACGAACCAAUCCCUUGGCGGUACUGGUAUCAAAUCAUGGAUUAGCGAAGCUCGAGACUCGGUCCGAAACGAUGAUAUUGUCAUCUGGCAUACUUACGGCUUCACUCAUAACCCACGUGUAGAGGACUUCCCAGUUAUGCCGGCCGAAAUGGCACAGGUUCGGCUGAGCCCUUAUAAUUUCUGCCUUUUCAACCCAGCGAACGAUGUCCCUCCGUCCACACAGGCAUUCAACAAGAGUGUGGAGCUUACAGAGAAGCCCGCCAGCCAGAGUUCUUCCGGAUGCUGCUCCCAGCCUAAGAGCCACCUGUGA